AUGCCACCGCAAUUAGAUUUUUUCACAAUUGGAGAUGAUGAAAUAUCAGAUCCUUCACUUUCUUCACCUAAAAAUUUAAAAGCUCAUCGAAAAAACGUUUGUUCAACAUAUGGAGAGUGGUCAGGAUAUAUGCCAAAGAGACAUGAUUUUGAUUCAGAGUUUAAUCGAAGUGCAGAAAGCGAUAUUCAUGAUUUAUUUUUCGAUAAUACGUUUGAUACAGAAAAUACUUUUGAAGAAAAGCUCAAUUUACUCAGAAAAUAUUCUGAUUCCGUUGAACUUCGUGAAAAGUCUCAUCAAUUUGUUGAAAACGAAAAUUUGAUAAAUGAACACCUCGGAAAGAAAGUAGAGAAGUAUCAUCCGAAAGAUGACAUUGAUAAGCUUCUGUUCCCAUUUAUGAAGUACGUCAGCUUUGAAAAACUAAAAGAAAUUAAAAAAAGAUUAUUAACAGAUCAAGAAUCAAUUAAAAACGCCGAACUUAUAGAAGAAUUGAUCAACGAAGGUGCCUCAUCAAAUUUAACAGUCAACUGCAUUCAAAUAAUGAGACAAGUCCAAAAUAAGCCAGAAUUAACUCAAUUGAAUGUUCAUAAGAAAAUAUCAAUGCUUUUAGAGACACUUGAGAGUAAAGCCGAACUACCAAAAGCAUAUUUGUCCACUCAAGAAAUCCAAUUUUGCGAAAAUACGUGUCUUGACCCUCAGAAAUAUAUAGAACUUAAGGAUCAAUUAAUGUUAGAGUAUAUUAAAGAAGGUAAUCCAUUUUCUCGAGAAGAUUUGAAGAAGUUUGCUCCAGAUAAAUUUGAUUUGAUUAUUAAUUUAGCCAAUUUCUUAGAAGAGCAAGGAUUCAUCAAAUGCACUUCUGAUUAA